AUGGGAAGAAGGCAAAUAUGGGAAGAAGGCAAGUAUGGGAAGAAGGCAAGUUUGGGAAGAAGGCAAGUAUGGGAAGAAGGCAAAUAUGGGAAGAAGGAAAAUAUGGGAAGAAGCAAGUAUGGGAAGAAGGCAAAUAUGGGAAGAAGGCAAAUAUGGGAAGAAGGCAAAUAUGGGAAAAAGGCAAAUAUGGAAGAAGGCAAAUAUGGGAAGAAGGCAAGUAUGGGAAGAAGGCAAGUAUGGGAAGAAGGCAAGUAUGGGAAGAAGGCAAGUAUGGGAAGAAGGCAAGUAUGGGAAGAAGGCAAGUUUGGGAAGAAGGCAAGUAUGGGAAGAAGGCAAGUAUGGGAAGAAGGACAAUAUGGGAAGAAGCAAAUACGGGAAGAAGGCAAGUAUGGGAAGAAGGCAAAUAUGGGAAGAAGGCAAGUAGGGGAAGAAGGCAAGUAUGGGAAGAAGGCAGGUAUGGGAAGAAGGCAAGUAUGGGAAGAAGGCAAGUAUGGGAAGAAGGCAAGUAUGGGAAGAAGGCAAGUAUGGGAAGAAGGCAAGUAG